GUGCGCAAUGCGCGCGACCCAAGGUGCGCAAUGUGCGCAGCCCAAGGUGCGCAAUGUGCGGGGUCAAGGAGUGACACGCCAAACUUUGGGAACUAGCAACGCUUUGUACGGCUUGGAAGCCAAAAAGGUGAGUGAACAGGUGAGCGCGCAGGUGAACAGGCCCCAGAACCCCUCAGAAUCACUUUUUGACACCUUGGACCUCCUGGUCAAGUGGGAAUCUUGGUUCCCAAAUGAGCUCAGUGCCAUGCCAGCGCAAUACAUGAAGGCUCCCGAACAAGCUCGUUCAGAAGCUUGUGUGGACACUUUCCACGUGACCUUCACUCCAGAGUCAGUGGAAGCUGUGCAUCAAGCUGGCCAAAAGGUUGCCUCCAAAUGGCAGUCGGGAUUUGACAUCCGGAAGAAAGUUGGCAGAACCAAUCAGCGCAGAAAGCGCACCUUCAAAUAUGUGGCUGAACAGAACCAGGGUGAUGAUCAGGACCUUCCUGGUCCGGUUUCCUACUCGAGGCAUGAAGCUGCGCAACAUCGCACGUGGGCGCAGGUGCUGGAUUCGGAUAGCCUCAGUGCUGCUGAUUUUAUAGGCUUGACUGUGUAUUCGAGCAUGUCUGGCUUAACAGUUCUUGACGUAGCACCUCUGCCCAAGCUUCACCCACGAAAUAUCACCUUGUCAUGGGUCAGCAUGCGGUGCAUCCAAAGUUUGGGAAUGGACAUGACGGUGAAUUUGCUGGGCUUUCUGGUUCGGGGUAAGAAGGAAGCCGCUCCGCGGGGUUCUUCCCCAGUCCCGCUGUACGUUUGGAUUUUCGGUUCCAAUUUGAAUGCCGAGUUUCACCGGAAGCAUUUACUCUGUGACCGAUACAAGGAUUUGCCCGCCAUCAAUCCCAGAGCCAAGCCACCGGUACUGGGAGGCCGCCCUGUGGUACGUCGAGGUCAAGAAGUCCUUUUCAAGGCUCACGGAGAUGUCGUUUCGUCCAUGACUUCAGCAGACGUUGAAGUUCUUGGUGCCAAAACUCCCAUCGGUUCCAUCAGCGCCAGGAUUCAAGGUGAGGAAAUCUAUCUGAAUUUGCCAGCUUUGGCUCCUGUCGGUGAGUACGAGUUGCGCCUCUACAAAGCAAAGAAGAUAGUGGCGACCUUCCCCUUCAUUGUUGUCUUUAACCCUUUUACUUGCUCGGACUGUCCAGAGCAUUCGGACGAGCACGAGGAGUAUGUCGCAGGUGAUGAAGGCUUGCUUUGGCAAGGUUUGUCGGAUGACCAUACAGCCAAUAUUUGGCACCAUGAGCCCUUUCGGGCAGCAAAUCUCCUGAUCAGUCUGGCGCUGCUUCAACAUUUGCCACUGGAGUUGCGAGGGGAUGUGGUGGCCGUGUCACGAUUCCUGACCAAUGCAGUUGGGGAGAAGGUGAGGCAAAAUGCCAAUGUGGACACUUUCCACGUGACCUUCACUCCAGAGUCAGUGGAAGCUGUGCGUCAAGCUGGCCAAAAGGUUGCCUCCAAAUGGCAGUCGGGAUUUGACAUCCGGAAGAAAGUUGGCAGAACCAAUCAGCGCAGAAAGCGCACCUUCAAAUAUGUGGCUGAACAGAACCAGGGUGAUGAUCAGGACCUUCCUGGUCCGGUUUCCUACUCGAGGUCUGCCAAGGGAGAGAAGCAGAUUCGAAAGUCCAUGUGUCGAAUGCUCGCAAUGGACAAAGUUGCAUUUCCCUCCAAGCCCAUGUUCGAUGUGGACACGGGGCUUUGUCGUCUCAAGAUCUUCGGCUGCAUGAAGCUGCGCAACAUCGCACGUGGGCGCAGGCAUAGGGAAGCAAACAGAAGCGAUGCGAAGCCCUUGGGAUCUGAAGAAGGGAAAAAGAAGGCAGAUAGCCUCAGUGCUGCUGAUUUUAUAGGCUUGACUGUGUAUUCGAGCAUGUCUGGCUUAACAGUUCUUGACGUAGCACCUCUGCCCAAGCUUCACCUACGAAAUAUCACCUUGUCAUGGGUCAGCAUGCGGUGCAUCCAAAGUUUGGGAAUGGACAUGACGGUGAAUUUGCUGGGCUUUCUGGUUCGGGGUAAGAAGGUCGUCGUCAUGCAGCUGCCCCAUAUGAUUGGUGUGCUUUGA